AUGAGGACGAGAUGGAGAGGACGGGAGAACACCCGUCAGUCCCCGUUUUUCCAUCUCCUACGUCCUUCGCUUCCACGAGUCUCUGCAGUGUUCAUCCCGUCCGUCCUUUCUCCGGCAUUGACCACUGAGGUUGCCAUGUCCCCCAUCCCCGUGCCCCGAUCCCCCUCCUUCUUGCAUACCGGGUGGGGUCCGGAUCACCGUGGCACCCUUGGAACAUCCUUGAGGCUAAACCUGCCCCUUUCAUCCUAUGCUCGGAUCCUGGGGUGGGGCUCCACCACCAUGAGGUUCCUAUUGUGGUGGUGUCUGGUCAAUAAAGCUCACGGUGGCCCAGCCCAACAUGCCCAUCCGUCCUGUCCAUCUUCUUGCCGGUACCAUUCCGACAAUAGUGUUGACCACUUCCAAUACGAUCCUUCAUCUUCUGUCCUUCUCUUCUUCAACGCGAAGCCUUGA